GUUCUCAUCCCAGGAGGGAUUUUCAGCUUUGUUGCUUUCCUUUCCAUCUUUUUGAACAGUUGGAUAUUUAGCCACAACGAGGAAUAUUGGAAAUCUGUGAAGAGGAACGAGGAGCUUAUUUAUACUUUUACAACAUGACACGGACAAACAUAGGAUGGACUUUUAGUUUGGAUUUUGGUUGUUGGAAGGAGGAUGUGUUUGCGCUCUGACUGACAACAAAACAAAAGGAAGCAAAAAAACAGUUCCAACAUAUUUUAUGUGGUUUAAACUCUGUUCCAUGUAAAAGAGUCAGCGUUGACAGGAAGGAGUAAACUGUAACUUAUCACCAACUUUUCCAUCGGCGCAGGGCGUGCGCGCGCUUCGAGCUUUCAGGAGUAAAAAAACUAAGAUGGAAAGCAAAAUAAACGUGAAGAUGAGCGCCAUCAGCACCACUUCGAUUGCUGACUCGACAGAUUCCAGGGUAAGUGACCUGGCUGAUGAUGGUUUUAGUCGCUCCGCUUCAAAAUCAUCCGCCGAGUCACGAUCUGUGAGCUGCAUGUCCUCUGCGCGUCAUUUCGGCACCGCUGGCGCGCACAUCCACGCUCUGAAUCCAAGCGGCGACUGCGCAGUUUAUAAAGACUGUAACAUCAUCGAUGCUUCACUGGCUGCAAAACCGUUUUACGACCGAAACAGUGAGUAUUUAAAGACCGACCAUGUCCCGUGGGAAGACUUUGUCAAAGUUCAGAGGACGAGCGCGGCCGUGUCCGACAGUCUACCCGGCGUCAGUUUGGGCCAGUCCUCCACCUCAGGGGUUCCGUGUAAGUUCAUCAAAAACGAAAGGGAGCCCUCCGUGAUCAUGGACGCGUCCUGCACGAGGUUCGAACCGUCCCCCGAGAUACCCGCCCUCGACACCUGCUGCGACGCGGACAGCAAGCAGCCCCGCGGGAUCGGCGAGGGGGAGCCCAGCGGCUUCGGCGCGCCUCGACCGGGGCUGGAGGCGCACGGCUCCCCGAACUUCCUCAUCGACCUGAACGCGUCAGAGCAGCUCGCCAGCCAGGUGAGGGCCGACUCCAGGUGCGCUCUGUCCACCAAGGCUGGCAUCGGCUUCGAUGGUGGCACGCACUCCCCCGCCGCGCAGCACGCUGUCGCCCGCUGGCAGCUGCAAACUCCCCCCGGCGAGCCUCAGUUCUGGCCGGCGGGCGUCACUGAGGAGGGCUUCCCAGCCAGCAGCUACGAUGGAACCCAGAACCAGCACCCAUCUCAGAGGAACCCAUCCCCUUUCUCUGCAUUCCCAGGGAUGCAGCCUCAGAGAAUGUGUGUGAUUUGUGGUGAUGAGGCGUCUGGCUGCCAUUAUGGAGUUCUAACCUGUGGAAGCUGUAAAGUCUUUUUCAAAAGAGCAGUUGAAGGCCAUCACAGCUAUCUCUGCGCUGGGCGAAAUGACUGCAUUGUGGACAAAAUUCGGAGGAAAAAUUGCCCCGCAUGUCGCCUCAGAAAGUGCUAUCAAGCAGGAAUGAUGCUAGGAGGCAGGAAGCUGAAGCGCUUCGGAGCCUUGAAAGCCUUCGGGCUGGCCCCAUCCCUGAUGUUCCAGUCCCACUUGGCCAUGUCCAGUGACGGUCAGGCCCUGACCUCCAUGGCUUGUGUACCAGGGAUCCACGAGAUGCAGCUCUCCCAGCAAAUAAUCAACAUUCUGGAAAACAUCGAGCCGGAGAUCGUGUACUCCGGCUACGACGCCUCCCAGCCCGAAGUCCCGCAUCUUCUGCUGAAUAGUCUCAACAGGCUGUGUGAGAAACAGCUGCUGUGGAUUGUAAAGUGGUCCAAGUCCCUGCCAGGGUUUCGUAAUCUUCACAUCAAUGAUCAGAUGACCCUGAUCCAGUACUCCUGGAUGAACCUGAUGGUGUUCUCUCUGGGUUGGCGCUCGUUUCAGAAUGUCACCAGUGAAUAUUUGUACUUCGCACCCGACCUGAUUCUUAGUCAGGAUCAAAUGAGGAGAUCUCCGAUAUAUGACCUCUGCCUGGCGAUACAGUUUAUUCCCCAGGAGUUUGCAAAUCUGCAAGUGACCCGGGAGGAAUUUCUUUACAUGAAGGCCAUAAUCCUACUCAACACAGUGCCUCUUGAAGGACUCAAAAGUCAGGCUGCGUUUGAGGAAAUGAGACAAAACUACAUACGAGAACUUACCAGGGCUAUCCACCUGAAGGAGAAGAGUGUGGUGGCCAGCUCCCAGCGCUUCUACCACCUCACCAAACUGAUGGAUGCCAUGCAUGAUAUAGUGAAAAAGGUCAACCUGUUCUGUCUGAGCACCUUCAUCCAGGCGGAUGCCUUGAAGGUGGAGUUUCCAGAGAUGAUGUCAGAGGUCAUCGCCUCCCAACUUCCUAAAGUGUUGGCAGGCAUGGUGAAACCUCUGCUAUUCCACACAAAGUAAAGACAUUUGGUCGGCCAGAGACUGGAGUCUUUCCCUGCAGGAUACUGGAUUCUUCACUGAUGUAGUCACAUGUCUAGACUUUGCUAAAUGCCUUUGGUUCUUGGUGUCAAGCAGAUUGAAUAUGUUUUUUUUUCUUUAACAUUUAGGCGAGACCUAUUGCAACUAUUAAAAAAAAUCAGAGGCACCAAUGUAAAAAGCUACUUCUUGUGUAUCAAACAUUCGCCACUUUGCAACUUGUGUACAGAUUAGUAGCAGAAAUACAGUAAAAACAUCAAAGAUAUUGAUAUUUUUGUAUGGGAGCUACAAAAAUAGAAAAAAAAUCUAAUAGAAAUCAAAUAAAUCUUACAUUUUUAGUGAAAAGGAUAUCAAAAAAGCAAUUUAAUUGAGAUAACCUCAUUUAUUUAUAGUAGCAGAAAAACUCUUCAGAAAGGAAAUACUUGUUAGAUAUUUACAGAUGAACUUGUACACUUUCUUUAAAAUAAAAAAAAAAUCACAACGGUCUGUGAGAUAACUUGAAACUGCCAAAAAAAGAAAAAAGGGUUUGAAAAUCAACUAAUGGGAAUUCACAUAUUGCUUCUAAAUUGUAAUUAAAGAUAACAUUACCAUAACAAAAUAAAAUAAAGGAAACUAGCCAUGACGGGGGAAAAAAGAAAAAGAAAAAAAAGUCUCAUAACUUUAAUAUUUUGUUGCAUAACUUUUUUAGGUGAUCACGGCAAUCAAGCAAUUUUUGUAUUUUGAGACGUCUGCAGCUGUUGACGGGUCUCAGGUUUGUUGGGCUUCGUUCACCAGACUAUUUCAGCUCCUUCCACAGACGUUCAACAGAUUAUAGAUCGGGGUUUUGAAGACCACUUCAGAACUGUCUAAUGAUUUGUUCUGAGCCUUUUUUUGGUGAAUAGUUUUAGGUCCAUACCUUGUUGGACGACCUGCGAUUAAAACCAAGCUGACACUGGGUAGCACAUUUUGUGGUUUGUCAAUAUGCAUUAAAAAAAAUUCCAGUCACUUUUUAAACAAAGUGUUUCAACAGUGUCCUUCCUUCCUUCUCAGUCAUCUUCCACUCAGUCCACUUUGGCUCAAACAGUAACUGAUGGUGCCCUUUGACACUGAUGAACCUUGAUCCUGGAGUUUAACUCUAAUUUCUUUGAAAGUUGUUCUGAACUCUUUGAUAUCUGUUUCUUCUAUUAGUUAUUAAUUUAUUCUAAGUCCACAUCCAGGGAGCUUGGCUCUAGUCUUGUGGCUGUUGGACUUCUGAACAACCUGCGCAGGUGUAGACACCGUUAAUUUUAACAUAUUUCUAAGCUCCUAAAACAGCUGUCCUUAGUUUUCUGUGGUCCAUGUUCAGUGUGGUACACCCUGAUAUCAAACAGCCCCGAGGCUCAUUUUCACCUUUUAAACAUAGAGACAGCCUGAUUACAUGAUCGAUGACACCUGGGAUCCUAAUUACAGGCCACGCCUUAGUUUAACUCAUCCCUGUUGUCAUACUGUAUUGUUUUAAUCUCUUCUGGAGCUGCCAUCCUUUGUGUCAAGGCCAGUUUCACUAGGUUUUUUUUUUUUGUUUAAGAAUUCUGUUGACCACAAUACAAAAGCAAUGACCACAUUUUACGAAUGAUUUUCAGUAAUGUUUUCCUUAAUACUUUUCUUAGUUUCAAGUUGUACAAACAAAUGAAUCUGCAUCUGUAAACUGAAAAAAAAAAAACCAACUAAAUAAAUCAAUAUUUACAACAUAGAAACUGAUUAAAAACUUGACUGUGAUGUAAAUGUAAACCAACUACGACAGCGGAUUGUGGGAAACAUUUUAUUUUUCAACAGAGCAUAUUUUCUAUAUCUUAAUCUGCUUUAAUUUCAACAAAGACAGAUAGUACUGAGACGUACACGAGAGAUUUUAUGUCAGCGACAUUCGUGAAAAUAAAACUUGCAUUUCAGUUCUUUGCCACUCAGAUAAGUAGUCACUGAUAUCUCGCCUCAUAAUCCCAGUUUGCCUACAUAUCGUUUCACCUGAUUACUUUAAGGCAGGCGAUAAGAGGUUUGAGAUAUACAGCUGAUAAGUAGGAAAGAUAAAAUUUAAAUUAAAACAUGCCUUGAUUAAAAGAAUGUUUAUUUUUUUAAAUAAACAAUGCAGUCUUUAUGUUUGGCUAUAUGAUGUGUGAGUAACUGCAAAUGAUCAGUCAGUACACAGAAAUGUAUGGCACAGAUUUAAUGAUUCACUCUAUAUAUUGAUCUGUUUAUAUAAAGAUACAGCAGAUGUUUGCAAAGUAACAGACAGUCGACAUGAAAAAUGUGCAGAGUUUUACAUAUUCGGGCUAUGAUGAUCAUUUCCGCGGCACGCAAACACUUCAAAUUCAUUGACUGUAAGGGAGUAGUGGUCCGGCACCAGCGCUCAAGGCCACAUCGCAUUCUUCGACAUGGACAUAGACGUGGAAAUGGAAAAAGAACACCGUGAUCUUGGCAAGAGCGAGAUGUCAAAUCCACUCCCAAAUACAUUUUGGGCAACCAGAGAAAUUUUAACUUUGCAGUUUCCUUUUCGUUUGUAAUAAGUGAAGACCAAAAGCUUAUGGAUUUUUUUUUUUGUAAAAAAAAAAAAAAGAAAAAUCAAACUGUAUCAAGGUUCACUUUUUAGACAAUUUUUGACUUUUCAGUGUGGAAAUCUUGUGACAGAAUGAAUUAAGUAUUAAAUGUCUUCUUUACCACAGCAUAUAAAACUUGUGGAGUUGUCAUUACUAGUACACCAGUGUACCAAUAAGCACAGUACACACUACAGCAGAAAUGAAGGAAAAAGCUACAUCUAAAAAAAAAAAAA